CUUCCGGCUCCGGGAGUUCCCGGAAGUGUCCGGGGGACCGGCUUCCGGUCCAGGUCGGGGCAAAAUGGCACUGCCCGCUGUGUUGCCGGCUCUGACGCGGAUGCUUGCUCUGUCAAGACAGCACCUCGUGUCUCCGUUGCCCAGCGUGACGUCCUUCAGCCGUUUCUACAGAGGUGACAGCCCGUCAGAUUCCCAGAAGGAUAUGAUUGAAAUCCCUCUGCCUCCGUGGCAGGAGCGACCUGAUGAGCCCAUAGAGACCAAAAGAGCCCGCCUGCUGUAUGAGAGCCGGAAGCGGGGCAUGCUGGAGAACUGCAUCCUGCUCAGCCUCUUUGCUAAAGAAUAUCUGCAUCAAAUGACAGAGAAACAGCUGAACCUGUAUGAUCGCCUGAUUAAUGAGCCCAGUAAUGACUGGGAUAUUUACCACUGGGCUACAGAAGCAAUACGUAAGCGGAAUGUGAAAAGUAGGAUGACUUGGGCUGAUUUGAGUCUGGAAUUAUAUCCUAGGCAAUUACCCCCCCCCCUUUAUUCAUGCAAAUAGACAUUCACCAGACAC